AUGCUACCAGCGCUCAGAUCCGAAGGCUUUUGGGGUAGCCCAGGCAGGUUUGGGUGCGGCGAGUUCCAGGGAAGCGGCGCGGGUUCGCCUCUGCGAGUGGUCCCUGCGCCCCCACGGCGUCACUCCCCUCGCAGGCGACUCCCCGGGCGGGCGGGGAAGCUGCUGUCUCGGGGGUGCUUCCGAGGAUGGGCCACUGCGCGCGGCCAGGCUGACUCUCUUCCUUCCCUCCCUCCUGCGUCUCCCGCAGGUUGCGACAUGUGCGCGGACAACCGCAACGGCGAGUGCCCCAUGCACGGGCCGCUGCACUCGCUGCGCCGGCUCGUGGGCACCAGCAGCGCCGCGGCCGCCGCGCCCCCGCCGGAGCUGCCCGAGUGGCUGCGGGACCUGCCGCGGGAGGUAUGCCUGUGCACCAGCACCGUGCCUGGCCUGGCCUACGGCAUCUGCGCGGCGCAGAGGAUCCAACAGGGCACCUGGAUCGGGCCCUUCCAGGGCGUGCUCCUGCCCCCGGAGAAGGUGCAGGCGGGCGCCGUGAGGAACACGCAGCACCUCUGGGAGAUAUAUGACCAGGAUGGGACACUACAGCACUUUAUUGAUGGUGGGGAACCUAGUAAGUCGAGCUGGAUGAGGUAUAUCCGAUGUGCAAGGCACUGUGGAGAACAGAAUCUAACAGUAGUUCAGUACAGGUCGAAUAUAUUCUACCGAGCCUGUAUAGAUAUCCCCAGGGGCACCGAGCUUCUGGUGUGGUACAAUGACAGCUAUACGUCUUUCUUUGGGAUCCCCUUACAAUGCAUUGCCCAGGAUGAAAACUUAAAUGUCCCUUCAACGGUAAUGGAAGCCAUGUGCAGACAAGACACCCUGCAGCCCUUCAACAAGAGCAGCAAACUCGCCCCGGCAACCCAGCAGCGCUCCGUCGUUUUCCCCCAGACUCCGUGCAGCAGGAACUUCUCUCUCCUGGAUAAGUCUGGGCCCAUUGAAUCAGGAUUUAACCAGAUCAACGUGAAAAACCAGCGAGUCCUCGCAAGCCCAACAUCCACAAGCCAGCUCCACUCGGAGUUCAGUGACUGGCAUCUUUGGAAAUGUGGGCAGUGCUUUAAGACUUUCACCCAGCGGAUCCUCUUACAGAUGCACGUGUGCACACAGAACCCCGACAGACCCUACCAAUGCGGUCACUGCUCCCAGUCCUUUUCCCAACCUUCAGAACUGAGGAACCACGUGGUCACUCACUCCAGUGACCGGCCUUUCAAGUGCGGCUACUGUGGUCGUGCCUUUGCCGGGGCCACCACCCUCAACAACCACAUCCGAACCCACACUGGAGAAAAGCCCUUCAAGUGCGAGAGGUGUGAGCGGAGCUUCACGCAGGCCACCCAGCUGAGCCGACACCAGCGGAUGCCCAAUGAGUGCAAGCCAAUAACCGAGAGCCCAGAAUCAAUCGAAGUGGAUUAA